CUUCCCUUAGCCGGGCUCGGCUCGGCGGUCACCGCGCCCCCGCCGGGACCCGGCACAGAGACGCGUGGGGCUCCAUGUGGCGCGGGGCUCCCUUUGGAUUUCUGGCCUCUAGCCGUUUGUAGGAUCCUGUUUCUCUUCUACCUUAACCUUGCCUGAUCUUUUCCUGUGGAGCAUCUUGGGUGUGCGCUAAAAACAAACCCUAGCCUCAGAUCUCCCUGAACAUGUUCUCUGCCAGGAAGUGGUGUGGCGUUUUUGGAGCUGUCAAACUGCAUCAUUUCGGAUCCCGUUCUGUAUCCAGAGCCUCUCCAAACUUGACUUUCGUGCCAGCCUGUCUUCCCCCAGAUCCUGCAGAAGUGGAGGAGCUGCAGCGCUUUGUUUCUAACUCUAAGAGGCUGUUUGUAAUGACUGGAGCUGGAAUCUCCACAGAGUCAGGGAUCCCCGAUUACCGCUCUGAGGGCGUUGGGCUCUACGCCAGGACAGACAGACGGCCCAUCCAGCACGCUGAGUUCGUCCGCAGCGCCAGUGCCCGGCAGCGCUACUGGGCAAGGAACUUCGUGGGCUGGCCCCAGUUCUCUUCCCACCAGCCAAACAAGGCACACCUGGUGCUGAGAGAUUGGGAGAAGCUGGGCAAGCUGCACUGGCUGGUGACGCAGAACGUGGAUGCCCUUCACACCAAAGCCGGGAGCCAGCGCAUGACGGAGCUGCACGGCUGCAUACACAGGGUCUUCUGCUUGGCCUGUGGAGACCAAAUCUUGCGUGCUGAGCUCCAGGAGCACUUUGAAGCUCUGAAUCCUACUUGGAAAGCUGAAGCAUUUGGGGUGGCUCCGGAUGGGGACGUCUUCCUGACAGAUGAGCAGGUGCGCAAUUUCCAAGUCCCAGCCUGCCGUAAGUGUGGUGGAAUCCUGAAGCCUGAUGUGACCUUCUUUGGAGACACAGUGAGCCAGGAAAAAGUCAGUUUUGUACACCAACGCCUGGCAGAAUCAGACUCCAUGCUGAUAGCAGGAUCCUCUAUGCAGGUGUACUCUGGUUACAGGUUUGCUCUUGCUGCCCGGGAGAAGAAGCUGCCAAUUGCAGUCCUUAACAUUGGGCCCACCAGGUUAGAUCACUUUGCAUCCUUAAAGCUGAAUUCCCGCUGUGGAGAGCUGCUGCCUUUGAUUGUUUGCACAUGACCCAACCAGCUGAGCUUCAGUAGCUAUCAGGAUUGAAGUUAUUUUUACAAGGACUCAUCUCAGAAAGGGGAAAACUCCAAUCCAAGAGGCAGCUGUGAGAUGCAGUGCACAGCCGCUGAGGGCACCAGGAGAGGGCAGCAAGCCUCACACGUGUCAGCCUCACCAGUUCCUCCAUUGAAAGCAUCUCCACGUAUCAGGAAACAGAAUGAGGAUGGAAAAAAACUGUUCCUCCUGAAGCUUGGAUAGAGGAUCUGAGAGUAUCUUAUAAUGGAUUUUUCUUCUACUUCUCUGAAAGUGGGGUUAGAGUUACCCAAGGCAAAUAAAAGUUACUUCCUAUUUA